AGCCCUAGUUGAAGCUAUAUAUACCUACCUCGGCUCGUUUGCUUCACGGCUUCCAUUUUCUUCUGUUUCAAAGCUUCAUUCUUCGUGUUGUUAUUCUUUUUCUUUGAAGAAUCCUAGAGGAAGAACUAAACCCUAGAUUUCCGAGAAUUUCGAGAGCUUUCUUGGGUUUGAAUUUAACUGUGUUCUGUUCUGUUGAAUCUAAAUCUUUCUCUGCGAGUUCUUCUUUCGUGUUUUGAUGAGCGUCGUGGUCUUUGGUUCCAGUUCUUAGUGUUUUUUUUUGUUGAGUAUCAAUGGCGGAACGCAGGUUUUGUAUAGGCUAUGCUUUGGCUCCCAAGAAACGACAGAGCUUCAUCCAAGACUCGUUAGUGAAUCUCUCGGCGUCUAGAGGAGUUGAUCUUGUUCGAAUUGACACUGAACGGCCACUUCUUGAUCAAGGUCCAUUCGAUUGCAUUCUCCACAAGUUUUAUGGCGUGGAUUGGAGGAAGCAACUGGUGGAGUUUAGACUUAAGAAUCCUAAUGCCUUCAUUUUGGACUCGCCGGAUUCGAUUGAGAGACUUCAUAACCGGAUUUCGAUGCUUCAGGUUGUCUCCGAGUUGAAGAUUGAUAAUCCGGAUGAAACGUUUGGGAUCCCUAAGCAGAUUGUGAUUUACGACAAGGAGACUUUGUUUGAUCGGCAGGCUUGGGAGGGUUUGAAGUUCCCUGUCAUUGCCAAGCCGUUGGUUGCUGAUGGAAGCGCCAAAUCUCACAAAAUGGCGCUCGUUUUCAACCAUGAUUGUUUGAACAAGCUCAAGCCUCCGAUUGUCUUGCAGGAGUUCGUGAAUCACGGGGGCAUUAUCUUUAAGGUUUACGUUGUUGGACAGUAUGUGAAAUGUGUGAAGCGAAAAUCUCUCCCUGACGAGCCGGAAGUGAAGUUGGGGAAUGUAGAGGGAUUGUUAUCAUUUUCGCAGGUCUCGAAUAUGACUCCUCGUGAGAAAAUUGACGACAAGUACUACAAGAUGAUGCAGCUUGAUGAUACAGAGAUGCCACCGUUGAGUUUCCUCACCGACAUCGCUGGAGGGUUGCGGCGCUCCAUGAACUUGAAUCUUUUUAACUUCGACGUGAUUCGAGACUCGAACAUUGGGAAUCGGUACCUUAUAAUUGACAUUAACUAUUUCCCUGGGUAUGCCAAAAUGCCGGGUUAUGAAGAGAUCUUGACGGAUUUUUUCUGUGAUUUAGCGCAGAAGAAAGAGGCAAUGAACCGUCCUAACAACAAGGAUAUUGAGGACAAGAUUGGUUCUGAUCGGCGUGGCCCGAUGCAGAGUGUUGAUCAAGAAAUAACAAAGAUUUCCAUUAAUGAGGAUGUUGGAGGUCAAUCAGUUGACAGUGAAAAGAAAGAAUCCCCUGUUCAAGAUUGACCAUUAUUUUGGAAACCCUUCAUUCUCAAGCUUGUUUGUGAUCUGAAGUCAGCUUGAAUUCGCUCCAUUCUGGACUCAAGUGAGUUGUUCUACACAUUCCUCUAGAUAGCCAUUGAUACUGAAAUGAAAAAGGGAUAUUUUCCUGUUUUUCAAUUAGUCUUUAACUGCAUGACUAGAUUUCAUUUGUGUCCAGUGUUAUCAUGUAUAUUCCAUCCUAACGUUACCACUGGAGAUAGUUCUGAAAUACCCUACUACUGAUGAGAUAUAUGGAGGAGGUUAAAUUGUAUCUUGAGGCUUAAGCUUUUUCUCAUGGAUCUUGAAUCUUUUAGUGAAUUCAAUUACUGAUUUUUUUGCCCCCCAGAAAACUUCUAGUAUCAUUUUAUCUUCUUUGUGUUUGGUAUAGUGUUGUAAUGAAAAUGCACUGGUGUUGUAGACAAAUAAGACAUCCUUCCAAACUAAUUGUAG